CACGUAUAUUGGCGACGUACUCCGCUGCUACGAUCAGGAUUCUUGACGGUUGGGUUUCCAAGAUAUAGGUACUUUCAAGCGCGCAUACGGCAUGCUAUUUUCAACAUGCUUUUGAGCCUUCUCCCUAGAGACUCACCAAUCUAUGGCGCGCAUUUCUAUAUACCUCAUCUCCCGACGUGGGAGACCACUAUGCUCUUGAUAUCAAUUGUAUUGGAGCUUCUUAUGCGAAUCGCACUCGUUUCUUCACAUGUCUACUCAUUCGCGAAGGUUGUGCGCGCGCAGAUGAUUCUGCAAGUUCAGGAACUGGCAGCAUAUAGACCAUCAUUUCGAGUGCACCGCAUUUCUUCGUAGUAUCAUUUUACUAUGCCUGAUAUUUUCGGCAUAAUGAACAUGUAGUCAUUUUGGUAAAUGAUUGCUACG